AUGACGUCAGCAUUGGUGUCAGGACACACCACAGUGCUCUCACUCGACUGGGAUGUAAGCUUGAACAUAACCGCAUCCAACUGCACAGGCUCAACACAGUGUUGCUCUCAUCUCCCUCUGUCCCCAGGACUCUGGGGCCUGGUGAAUAACGCUGGCAUCUCCCAGCCCACGGCCCCCAACGAGUGGCUCACAAAACAGGACUUUGUGACCAUACUGGAUGUGAACCUGCUGGGGGUGAUUGAGGUGACUCUGAGCCUGCUGCCCUUAGUGAGGAAGGCCAGGGGCCGCGUGGUCAACGUCUCCAGUGUCAUGGGCCGGGUCUCACUUUUUGGUGGCGGCUAUUGUAUCUCCAAGUAUGGCGUCGAGGCCUUCUCGGACUCACUCAGGAGGGAGCUGUCAUACUCUGGCGUGAAGGUGGUUUUAAUCGAGCCUGGGUACUUUAAGACUGCUGUGACCAGUAAGGAGACAUUCUUGAAAAACCUGAAGGAAGUGUGGAGCCGGACCAGCUCAGAAGUCAAGCAGAGCUAUGGCGAGAAGUUUCUGGCAUCCUACGUGAAAUCAGCAGACUUAAUGGAACAAAGAUUAGAGCAGGAUCUAUCCAAGGUGACGGACUGCAUGGAGCAUGCGCUGACCGCCUGCCACCCGCGCACCCGGUACUCAGCUGGCUGGGACGCCAAGCUUCUCUACCUCCCCCUGAGCUACAUGCCCACCUUCCUGGUGGAUGCCAUGGUCACGUGGGGCUCUCCCAGGCCGGCCAAAGCCCUGUGAAUUUAAGGCUGAGGCACACAGUAGAAGGGCACUGGUGCUGCACGGGGUACAUUGGCAGGAGCACUCUAGCCUGCCGGGUGUGAGCUCUCCGCCCUCCAGUACCUGUCUCUCCUCUUCCUCAGCCUCCACAAAGGAUUCUGGGGGAAUAUCCCUCAAGACCCUGCUGAUAUUUAGAAGAACCAGGAUCUUCUUCUGAGCUGUGGGUCCCAAAUCACACUCACUGGUGUGUUGCUUGGCAGCCACUCAAGCCUUGACUCUGAAAUUCUCAGGAAAGCACCAAAUUGUGGAGGAUGUGAGCAGGUGGAAGCAGGCUCAGCCCCCCUCCUGGGGUGAGCAUCAGCCUGGCCAGGCUGUAUCCUCCUUCAGGAUGGGAGUGGCCUGGAGGAGGCUGGAGCACCCUCCUCUGAAGAUGAAGAUGGCUGUGCACCGCGGUUCAGGGUGAGAGUGCCCCCUCAGCCUGAUGCCUGACCCCUCCGGGCCAGCUCUGCUGGCCUUGUCUGGAAAGUGGUGUCUUUCUUUGGGAUCCUGAAGAAUGACACAAAAACCAGUUUGUCAUUUCUCUUGAAAUCAUGGAUUCCUGUCAAUUAUUUUGGUUUUGAAGAAAUGUUAGAGGAUC